AUGUCUUUCUUAUUUUCUGCACCAGUCGAUAUUGAUAUCGUUCUUGAAGAUGGAGAUAGUCGGGAAACAGUGGAGGUUAAAAACAAAAGUACCAAGGAAAGGGUACCACUUUACAAAGACGGUGAAUCGGUUAGAGGAGCUGUCACUAUUAGACCUAAGGAUGGAAAAAGGUUAGAGCACACAGGUAUUAAAGUGCAAUUUAUUGGAAUGAUUGAAAUGUUUUACGAUCGAGGAAAUCACUAUGAGUUUUUGUCAUUAGGACAAGAGCUUGCUGCCCCUGGCGACUUACAACACCCACAAGCUUAUGACUUCAAUUUCAAAAAUGUCGAAAAACAAUACGAAUCUUACAAUGGUAUUAAUGUCAAGUUACGUUAUUUUAUUAAAGUCACGGUCUCUAGACGAAUGGCAGACGUUAUCCGCGAGAAGGAUCUUUGGGUUUUCUCUUAUAGAAUUCCUCCGGAGAUGAAUAGUUCCAUCAAAAUGGAUGUUGGUAUUGAGGAUUGCUUGCAUAUCGAAUUUGAAUACUCAAAAUCGAAAUACCACCUCAAAGAUGUUAUCGUUGGCCGCAUUUAUUUCUUGUUGGUUCGUCUCAAGAUUAAACAUAUGGAAUUGUCUAUUAUUCGAAGGGAGACCACCGGAACACCCCCCAACCAGUACAAUGAAAGCGAAACUUUGGUGCGAUUUGAGAUCAUGGAUGGCUCACCAUCAAGAGGAGAGACUAUUCCUAUUAGACUUUUCCUCGGCGGCUUUGAUUUGACUCCUACUUUCCGCGAAGUCAACAAGAAAUACUCCACCCGUUAUUAUUUGAGUUUAGUUCUCAUUGAUGAGGAUGCCCGACGUUAUUUCAAACAAUCUGAAAUCGUUCUUUACCGUCAACAACCAGAAGAUGCUUUAGCCCUCGGCCAACAGACCAAGAUUGCUGGUGCACAUUCAGCUCCUAGUCCUGCGGCUCAGAAGCGAAUCUCUGCUUAA